AUGGCAAUCAAUGAUGCAGAGAAUCUGGAAAAUGGAACUGGAGUACCUGUGAUUCAAGUUGAUGCGAGUACAACACAACCUGCACCAGGAAGCACACCAGUGAUGGAUCAUAACUACCCCUUGUAUCUGCAUUCAACAGAUGUAAGUGGCAUUUCACUCAUCUCUUUACAGUUAACUGGAGCAGAAAAUUAUUCCCUAUGGAGCAAAUACAUGAGAAUAGCUUUACUAGGAAGAAACAAGCUGGGAUUUGUUGAUGGUUCUUGGAAGAAAGAGAACUUUAGGGAAGAAUUAUGGUACCAGUGGGAAAGGUGUAAUGCCAUAGUUCAAUCUUGGAUUAUUAAUACUGUUUCUAGCAAUCUGUUGGGGGGAAUAGUUUAUGCUGGUAGUGCUCAAGAUGUGUGGGAAGAUCUUAAAGAAAGAUUCAAUAAGGUGGAUGGGUCUAGAUCCUUCAGUUUACAUCAAGUAAUUGUUAGGCUAACCCAAGGAACAGCUUCUGUAGCAACAUAUUUUACUAAGCUUAAAGAGCUAUGGGUUGAACUAGAAGCAUUAGCUAGAAGUCAAAUUCUUCUGAUGAUACCAUUGCCAUCAGUGAAUCAAGCAUAUGCUAUGGUAGUAAGUGAUGAAGCUCAAAAGGCUAUGGGGGCAGCUUCCAACUCAGUUGGUUUGUUGGUUACUAUGCCCAAUCUUGAUCCUAUUGCUAUGUAUUCCAAAAUUGAAUAUUAA